CAUUUCCAGGAGAAAGAGAGGAGUGAGUGGAGACUGCAGAUGACAGUCACUCCCUGGGAAAAGGGAGGAGGCUUUUGGGAACUGGUAGGCCCAGGAAGACAAGGGGAACCAGCAGUAGGAAGAAGCCCAGGGAUAGAGCAGUGAGACCAGAGAAAGAAGAUCCAGAUUGCUGAGCUGAGGGUCCCUGGGCUGGAAUCUGGAAAAGAGGGUGGGCCCAGGUUCCCCUACCAGUCAGUGGUUGAGUGGCACAGAGGCAGUGAGAGGGAAGAGUGCCUAUGAGUAUUGAGGAGCUAAACCUCCUGCAGGAGUGGGGAACACUGACAGCUAUGUGGCUGGGGGGCUGAGCCAUGAAGAGUAUGCUGUGGUUCCUGAGGCUGUGGGAGGAGCUGCAGGCGGACAGAGUGAUGGUGUGCCAACUGUGGAUGGAGGGUGUUGGCCUUGAGCAAAUCUCCAGAGUACCAGGAAGAGACACCAGUCUGGUGCCUCUUUCCUUGCUGUCAUGAGAAGACUGAGCACAUGAGCAAUAACUUCAGAACUCCUCUAGGAAAUGUUGCUAUGAAGAAAGAAGUUAGAAAUGACUGAUGUGGAGCCUGUGGUCACAGAUUUUGCAGCAUCGGGAAGGGCAGGCCGCCGAAAUGCCUUACCAGAUAUUCUGGGUUCUCCUGCUGGGGCUGGGGCAGGGACUUCAGACCUGCCACACAAACUAGCUGAACUUUCUGUGUCAAAAGAUGAAGAAGCAGAAGGUGGAGAAAUAUCAUCCGAAGUCAUGUUGGAAAACCCAGAGAUAGAAGGAAAAUCUAAUCCUAAUCUCUAGAGAUUGCUGGAUUUACAAUGACCAUUGACAGACUUUACAAAUGUUCUGCUUUUCACAGGUUCCGAGCCCUAGUAGAAACGGUAGUGGUCUGGGCAGGACUAUUCAAAACAAUUGUAUCUGGAUGACAUUAACUUGCAGCUACUACUUAGGGUUUUCAUGCUGUUUUCUACUGUAGUCCAUCAAAAAGCAAGUAAUCUACAAAUCACAGCCAGGAAAAAGCUAAAGAAUGUAUGUUGGUUUUUUUUUUAAUUGUUGUCAGUUGCACCAUAUUGAUACUAAUCCAACCAAACCCUUUUUGAUCAUUUCAAUGAUUAUGGUUAACAGUUGUACACCACACAAUAACCAUGCUAAAUAUAACUCCGAUUAAUUUUCCAAAUUAUUUUUUUCAGUGACACCAAGUCUUGUUUCCCAUCCAAGAUGAGAUUAUGUCAAGUGUAUUGGGGUGCAGAUAGGGAGGGGAUUUUUUUUGACCUCUAAAGAUAGAAGAAACACAUACAUCCAUGAUGUACAAACUUUUGGAACUUUCUGAGAUUUUUGUUCUCUUUGGGAAGAGAAAUGAGGUGAAAAAGCCUGAAACAAAACACAUUUUUCUCCUCUUCUUUUCCAAAAUGUUCUAUAUACAUCUUAAAAAACAAAAAAACUUUUUGAAAAUCUCUUCAGUUUAUUCAGCCCUAUCCCCCUAUCUGGGUUCUUCUAUUCCCAACAAUCAUACUCCUUCUGUCUUUUCUGUGCACAGCCUCAAUGCUCUAUUUGUUCAGAUGUAUUUAAAAUAAAAUAGCAACAUUUGUAAGUGAUUUAAAUUGUUUACUCUUGCCCUGGAUAUUAAAUAGAUCCCGUCUCUUUUGUGUUCUUGAAUCUUUGAUGUCUCUCCUGUAUGGCAAGGAAUGAAUCAGAAGUACCAUAAUACACAAUGUUUUUGUU